AUGGGUUACUUGUUGAAAGAGGCUUUGAGGGCACUUUGUGGAGUCAACCAGUGGUCUUAUGCCGUGUUCUGGAAGAUGGACUGCCAAAAUCUAAUGCAUUUAAUUUGGGAAGAAUGUUAUUACGAAGUGGCAUCGUCUUUGGGCAGCCUUCAGGGGUUUUCUCGAAAUGGGAAUCCAGAAAUCAAUUUUUCAGAUUACGGCAAUUCUUCUGUUGCAUUUGAAAGCCUUAAUUUAGGGCACGGUGUCCCAGCAAGGGACAAGGUGCAUUUUCUUAUGAACAAGAUGAUGGCUGAUGGUAAUGUUAGAGUUGUUGGAGAAGGAUUGAUUGGGAGAGUUGUGCUUACCGGAAACUAUCAGUGGAUGUUGUCUGAGAAUUAUUAUGGAGAAUCCCAGUCACUAGAGGUUCUUGAAGAAGCCCUUCAACAAUUUUCAGCUGGCAUGAAGACAGUUGCAGUUAUUCCUGUUCUUCCUCAUGGGGUAGUCCAGUUUGGUUCACAUGUAACUAUCCCAGAGAAUAUUGGAUUCGUUAAAGAUGUGAUGUCGUUAAUACUCGAAUUGGGACAGAUACCAGGCCUGCUGCAAUCUGAAAACCGUGAACCAAAAGAACUUGUUCGUGGGCUUUUCCCUCUCAGAUCAAAUACGAUCAGCACAUCUUCUUACUCGGCCGCCAGUUUUAAUUCAGCCGAAUGCUCGGCUCAAACCUCACACGCGUUUAACAACGGUCAAACAUCUUUUCAAACCUCAAACUUUGUAGUAGGCCAGUCUUUCGAGCCUUGCGAACCCAAAAUCCCUGCCCCACAUUUAACCUCACCAAACCAAUUCAUUAACAUUAACAGAGUUCCUAAAAUAUCCAAUGAAUGGACAAAUCUGCAAUCUUUUUCUUCGCGCAUGUCUCUGCCCGAUAAGCGUUCAGCCCAUAGUUGUUUUAAAGAUCCGAUUUUUUCUAAAGUGUCGACUUCCCAUGAUGCCACUGACCAAUCGGGAGAUGACUUGUUCGACGUUUUGGGUGCCGAUUUCAAGAAAAGGAUGUGUAAUAGCAGUUUGAAUGGCCGAACAGGAAAUGAGCCUUCAAAGAUCAGUUUUCCAGAUAUAUUAUGUCCUCUCAUCCCCGUAAAAAUGGAGAACGAGGAUUUGUCCUUCACAGGCACAGAUCUUUUAGAUGCCGUAGUCUCUAAGGGUCAACCGAACAGGAGCUCGGACGGAAGUGUUUCUUGCGUGUCGACUCAGACGAGUAUUAGUAACUCCUCUGCUUCGAAGGUUUUGCUGCCUGAAGGGCGUCUUGGGAAUUUCAAUCACGGUGAACAAAAUUAUGCAGCUAAAGGUAAAGAGGUUUCUAGUAUGGGGAGUUGUGUUUUUGAUCCGUGGGCUGAAAAGGGUUUUGGUUUGAAACCAAACGAGAGUAGUGUGGCCACCGGAUUUUCUACUAAACCGAAUGAGACGAGCAAGCCUAGUCGUAAGAGGCCUAAACCAGGCGAGAAUCCAAGGCCAAGGCCAAGAGAUCGGCAGAUGAUUCAAGACCGUGUGAAGGAACUUAGGGAAAUCGUGCCCAAUGGUGCAAAGAUUAUCAGCAAGGAUGGUGAUUCUCUUAUGAAAGAUAAUAGUGGAGGAGCUACAUGGGCCUAUGAAAUAGGUUCACGAUCUAUGGUGUGUCCAAUCAUAGUCGAGGAUAUAAGUCAUCAACCACAUCAAAUGGUUGUUGAGAUGCUCUGCGAAGAAAGGGGUUUGUUUUUGGAAGUAGCCGGUACAGUAAGGGGACUCGGGUUAACCAUUCUGAAGGGACUCAUGGAAAAUCGGGAUGGCAAGGUUUGGGCCUGCUUCACUGUGGAGGCUAAUCGCAAUGUGACAAGAAUGGAAACCUUCCUCUCACUAGUCAGUCUACUGGACCAAAACGCGAAGCCCGGUUUUUCGAAGCCCAAUAGCAAGCCCGAAAAUGUGAUGGCCCAAGAACACCACCAAAGAAUCUUUGUCAUAAUUGCUUUCGAGGUUCAGAUUCCGAUUUUUGUUCGAAGGGCGCAUAUUGCUUCUAGUCCGGCGUGUUCGUAUGUCGUCUGA